AGCACAAAAGCUUUGCUUCUAGUGCAAAAUCUCAAACCUUCAGAAAACUAUUGCUCCUCUCCGGACCUACCAUUCCAUAUUUGCUGUUUGGAUGUUAUGGAUAAGAACAGUACUUUUCCUCCAAUCACAUGGCCACCAAAAUUUUGGGAUAACAAUAGCCUUCACGGUGUCCAUGGCGAUUGGACUGGUGAUCGGAGGCAUCAUCUGGGCGCUUUUCACCUGCCUGUCCCGUCGCAGAGCUAGCGCCCACAUUUCCCAGGGGAGCCCCUCAUCCUUCAGCCGUCGGUCCAGACCUUCCUCCCACGGCCACGCUGCCGGCAGGACUGGAUUUUACCGCAACAGCAGCUGCGAACGUCGGAGCAACCUGAGCCUGGCCAGCCUCACCUUCCAGCGCCAGGCCUCCCUGGAGCAGCCCAACUCCUUCCCCAGGAAGUCAAGCUUCCGUGCAUCCACCUUCCACCCUUUCCUGCAGUGUCCUCCCCUGCCCGUGGAGACGAACAGUCAGCUGAUCACGCUCACCCCCACAAACACCACCACAACCCUCGUGGGAAGCACCACCAACAGCUUGAGUCGACCCGAGUUCCACUGGUCCAACAACAACCUCCGCAUCUGCCACUCCACGCAAACGCCGCCUCCCGCCUAUGAAACCAUCAUAAAAGCCUUCCCGGAAUCCUGAGCUUCGUCCUCGCUGCACACACACACGUGUGCAUCUUAGGAGGAGCCGCAGUUAUCUCAGCAAUUUUCUGUGCUCGAUGAAGAUCCCUGAGAAGUCUCCAGCUGCAGUUGCAGAGGGGACAUACUUUGCAAAGAGGUGUGUAGCAGUGAUUUCAUGGAGCCCAACAUCCCACUGUCUGAGAGAUCACUUGUCUUUGCACUGCUGCCUUUUAUUUACUGCUCUGCUGUAUGCUCGUGUAUUUAUAGUGUUGUAUCUUUAAUUGCAGCCAUUGUCUCUUUAUUUUAGAGGGAAAAAUGCUGCCACAUAAAAAACGAAAUCAUUUCUCAAAGAAACGGAUAAUACUAGAGAUUACUGAUAUACACAGCACAUCAAUGCAAAUUUCACUAUUCUUUUUUUUUUUAAGAAGUUUUGAUUUUACAUGUUUUUGUUAUGUUUUCAGAGAGCACCUCCCAUUACCUACCUUCUUGCUAUAACCCUAUAAGGGCUUCAGUCUGAGGAACCUAAAAUGCAGACCUCAUAGAGGAUGCAGUCCUGGCCACUACAGACAUCCUGUUUUGUUGAUUGCAAAGAUCUGAUCUGAAAAGACUCCAUGUUAUGGAUGCUUGUUUAAAAUUCCCCACAAUGUGGGAAAAAAAUUGCAAAGCAUGCAGAAAGAAAUUUUGAACAACAUACUAAAAGCAUGGUAACAAUUUAAAAUAAUUUUCUGUCUGCAGCCAGCAGAACAGGUAGUCACAUUUUAAUACCCAGUGAGGCUGUAUGUGCAGAACUCAUCAUGUUUCAUUUUUCUAGUUCUGGUUAUCCAGAUAAGCAGUAUGAAUGACAACUAUUUUUUAAUUAAGUUUCCUGAUUUCCAAUGGGAUUAGUCAUUUCCUUAUUUCAAAUUGUUUUUCUCAAAUUGUACCAACGUUUAAUUCUUCCUUUUAUUCACUGAAAUCUCGUCUCUCACUAAAACAAGAUUUCAGACAUCUGUGGCUGAAUAAAGGGAUUGUAUAAUGAAUUGGGAUAUGAAGAUAAAGAUGAAGUAUUUAGUUGAGGCUUACAUAUAUUCUUGACUUUUAUAUGUGUAUCAUGCCAAGCUAACCCCUGGCUUAGUAGAGACUAAUUGCUCUGGUGUGACAAAAUGUUCAGGAUAUGGAAAUAACAGAGACAAAUGGGACCCGAAUUAGGUAUUAUUGUAUCAGUUUCCUGUUAAAUAUUUCAUGGUCAAAUUAAGGGUAAAGAAUUUCCACAAGUAGAGGAGCUGUCCACAUUCUACAUUUGCAAAUGCGCCUGUUGUUUCUAAAAGGCUUGGGCAAUACCAGCCUCAGAACUCCUGAUUCUGUAGGGAGAUCAAGCUCUUAUCUCUCUUCUGGGAGGGACAAAGAUUCAGCAGCUUCUGAGAAUGGGCAAAAUGCUUAACAUCUCCCAGGUUUUCCAGGCAUUUGGAGAUUGGCAGCAUGAAUCCCUUUGCUGAGGUCAACAUCCCUUGGGAAGCACUGGCAUUGAUCUCUGAUCCUCAGUAUUCCAGCCCAAUAUCUACCCAUUUGCAAAUAAUGCUACAAACAUUGAGCUUACAAGAAAUUCUUACUGUAAACAGCAAGUAUUCCUUAUUGUAAAGGCAAAUUAUUUUGCAUAUAUUUACUGACUAGAUUUCAUUGUUCAUUUUUAGUAUGCAACACGUCUGGAGAGAUGUAUGUCAUUGCUAGAACAACCAUUUACAGAGUUAACAGAGCAUUUCACAGCAGACA